CUCGGCUCGAGCCUGUUGGGCUCGAACCCCGAGCAAGCACCACUGGAGCUCCCGCUCCGCAGCCUCUCCCCCAUGUCCGGGCCGGUGCCGGCUGCUGCGACGCCGAGGCGCACGCGGCCAAACCGCUCGGCUGCCGAGCGACGGGCACAAUACCGGCGGGCCGAGGGCCGCGCGGUAGGUCGCCUGCUGGACGCCUUCGCGGCGCUGCAAGCGCAUCGGGGAGUGGCGCCCACUCGCCUGUGUGCCGCUCUCGCUGCAGCGCUCCAGGCGCCCAUGGCCAGCUCGCAGGAGGAGGCGGGGGAGGCCGUGAAGGAGUCGCCGAACCAGGUCUUGGAGGGCGUGCAAGCUGCAGUCGCCUCGGGCUCGGCUGACCGUGGCAUCCAGGCAGCAGACUCUCCAGACGGAGCGGCGCAACCCGCCGCGCCUCCAGGCCCAUCAGGGCCCCUGCGGGGGGUGGCUUCCCUGGGCGAGGGCGGCGGGUCGGUGCAUGCGCAGGCGGCGGACGCGGCGCUCAGCGCGGCGAGGGACGCGACGGAGGUCGGGCGUGCGGCCGUGCAGUCGAGGCUCGUCGCCACGGAGUCGUUGAGCCAGAGUUCGCAGGGUCCCCCUUUUCGCCGUGCGGCCACUGCAGGAGGUCUUCGGCAAAGCCCACCUGUCCCGAGGGAUGGAGGCGCGGUCAGGUUCUCCGAAGACGUACUCGCUGGCCUCAAUGCGAUGACGGCGCAGCAUGGUCAGUCACCCACGUCUGCUCCGAGCUUAUCGUCUGGGCCUAACAACGAGUGUCCACAGCAGUAGGCUGCAAUAUGUUGUGGGAUUUGUCGUAUGCGCUGCAUUUGUAUUUUCGCCUCGCAUUUUGUUGAGGCCACUGGCUUGCAUAUCAAAUUGUGUCUGGCAUUGUUGUCUCGGCUUCCGACACGGCGAUUGGGUGGCAAUGCAAUGUGCUUUUCAAGGUUUUGGUGUGUUUGUCAGUUAUAUGUCAGCUCUUGCGUGGGUGCUUAUUCAGUGAAGUCUUGGUCAGUUAGUCUCGGUUCUGUCAUGUGUAUUGCUUGUUGUAGCAGGCGGGAGAUCACAGGUGCAGGGCGAUGGUCUUUCUGAUACAGGGUGAACACACUGUUGAUGCAUCACGUUUCUCCAGCUCUUUUGCUUCUUUGUGGAGGGACAUGAAAUAUGGUGAACACUUUGUUGCAUCUGAGUUCUGUCUUGUCUCUUGUGUGUGUGUGUGCGUGUGCGUGCGCAUGUGCCGUGCGUGCUCACCGAUAAGAGGCUUGCUUGUCUUUAUCACUACGUGAUGGCGGAAUCCCUGGAAUCCCUCUCUCUCCUCCUCCUCCUCUUGCUGACCG